ACCUGUCAAUGUCAUUGUACUUUUUUGUGUGCUGCGCGCUGUUCACGUAUUUUAAUUUUGUGUUAAAAUGGGAAAAGACAAGAAAAGAAAACGCGAUAUGAUCAACGAGUUGAGCGAGCGGCUAAUGGAGCUCGAGAAACGUAUGAGGCGGAGACAUUCGGAUGACUACGAAACGAGCCCGAGUUCUCAAGGCUCGCGUCACCGAGAGAGGAGUGAAUCGCGCCACCGACAGAGGAGUGAGUCACAUCAUCGACAGAGGAGUGAGUCGCGUCAGCGAGAGACGAGUGAGUCGCAUCAUCGAGAAAGGAGUGAGUCGUGUCAACAGCAUCAGACUUCAAUAAUACCCGACACAAUACAACAAACACUGGGGGAUCCUCCUUUGCCAUCAAAUAUUGAGGAACUUUUGGGCGAAGAAGGCACACCUUCUGCCAAUAAUGCUAUAAGCAUCCAUGAUGGAUUGUCCAGGCGCUGGACUACAAUAAUUCAAAAUGGUCUCAAGGAAGACACAAAAUACAAAUUAUAAAGAAAUAUGACACUCCCAAAAUCUACCGUUAUUGAUUCCACCCAAGCUUAAUGAAGAAGUAGUGGCUGCCAUGAAUGAUAGUGGUAUCAAGAGAGAUAGGAGAAUUGCUGAACAGCAAGUUGUGUUGGGUGCAGCAGUGACAUGCAUUGCAAAGGUGCUGAAUAAUAUAAUUUGUCUGGACAACAAGGAAAACAUUGAAAUCCUAAGUGACUCUGGUAGACUACUUUGUGAUUUGUAUUACAAUAACUGUAUGACAAGGAGAUCUUUGAUUCUUCCGGGACUUAAUAAGGAGAUGAAAGAGUUAAUGGAGAAAACACCAAUUUCAGAGUAUUUAUUUGGUGAUAAGCUUCAGGAAAAAGUGAAUGCCGUUAAAGCUGUAAAAAAGUCCGGACAAGAAUUAAAAAACACACCAACUCAGGCAAAACCACCUAUGAAACCGAAUCAAAAAAACUACAGGGGCCCACAACGGCUGCAGGCAGCUCGUCCCAGUGGGCCGAAACAAACAAAGAAGAUAAGGCAUGUGGCGAAACCAACAGUUCGGGCGAAGCGGUCGCCCCCGAGGCACUAUCAUUCCCGGCGCCAGAAUCGCCGGUAGAUCAGGUACAAACAGAUGUCCGCACCCCUUACACAAGAACCUGAGAUUGGUAGCCGCCAAAUUAUCAGGCGCGCGUUUCUGAAUAGGGGGAUGCCAGCUUCUUCAAUUGACAUAAUGCUAGCCUCACUGUCACUUAAGACUACCAAACAAUAUGAAUCCGCUCUUAAACAGUGGAUACUUUUCUGUAAAAGCCAGGGUGUAGAUCCUCUCUCAUAUUCAGUUCAAACUGUAAUUGCUUUUUUGACUUCUAAGUUUCAUGAAGGAUUGUCCUAUAGUACACUCAAUACUAUGAGGUCAGCUAUUUCCCUAAUUCUGGGCCCACAAUUGGGGACAGAUGAACGGAUGACUAGGUUCUUCAAAGGCAUAUUUAAAUUAAGGCCUAAAAAGCCUAAAUAUGAAGUAGUCUGGGACCCUAGUAUUGUUUUAGAUUACUUAUCCAGUUUAUACCCUAAUGAAAGCCUCGGUUUAGAAUUAAUUACCAAAAAGUUGGUUACUCUAAUGGCUCUAGUAACGGCACACAGAAUUCAAACCUUAUCUCUCAUAUGUAUUGACAAUAUUACAAUUAAUGAUAAUAAUGUCACAAUUAAAAUUACAGAAUUAAUAAAAACAUCUGCUCCAGGUAGACCUCAACCUAAUUUAAUAUUACCAUUUUUCAAAGAAAAUUGUAGUAUAUGUCCUGCAACAACUCUUUUAUGUUAUUUAAACUAUACUGCAAAAUUAAGGCAAGAUUGUAAGAAAUUAAUUAUUACAACUAAGAAACCCUUUCAUGCAGCAUCUACAACUUCUAUUAGUAGAUGGAUAAGACAAAUUUUAUCCAGUAGUGGUAUAGACACUGCCAAAUUCACUGCAUAUAGCACAAGACAUGCAUCUACUUCAAAGGCUUCUGAAGGCGGAAUUAAUAUUGAGGUCAUAAGGAAGGCUGCAGGUUGGAGCCAGAGAUCUCUAACUUUUGCCAGGUUUUACAAGAUGCCUAUUGUUGGAGAUCCUAAUGCCUUUGCUAAUUCUGUAUGCUCUAUAAGUAGCUGAUUAACUAUGGUUUUAAUUAUGUAUGUUGAUUUUGUGUUCUAUAUAUACCUAAAUAAUUGUUUAACUAAAUUGUUACCUAUGUGUCCAACAAAGAUUAAGACUGAUUAGUAAUAAACUUAUGAUUAAUGAAUAAGAUUUAUAAAUGUAUGAUUAAUUAAAAAUAUAAGCAUUAAAUAUAUAAUUAUUAAAAUAGUCUCUGGACUAAUAGACAUAAUAGUUAUCUAUUUGCAUCACCCUAUGGGCAACCAUGUAUAUGUAAACUUAUAUAUAUCGUUAUGGGACAACAAAUUAUAAUAAUAUAUAUUUUGUUAUUUAAUAACACAACUUCUUUCUUUAAACAUCUACAAUGUACAAAAUGAGGACGAGAUUAUUUCCUAUAAUUAAAUAGAUCGGACUAACUUACCAAGUGACGUCCGAUCCUCAAUUAUGGGAAGUAAUCUCGUCCUCAUUUCGGUCCCAACCCUAGAUUACAUCCUUCCUUUUCUAUCUAAUAUGGUUGACUAUAGUUC